ACCGUGAUUGGCCGUUGAGCUGGAAGCUGAACAUUUGAAACUAGCGGGCAGUUGAAGUAGAAGAAAGAAGGCGCUCCUACAUAAGGCGCCGUAAUAGGAGUCUAAUUCGGUAAAGAGGCAAAAAAAAAUAAAAAAACCAAACCCAAAACUAAUACAAAAUAACAGUGGCUUGUUUUUGUCAAUUUCGGGAAACGUACUGUGCGGAGUACCUGAAUUUCCAGAAUGGUGAAGGAGGAAGAAAAAAUGAUUCCCGUCAGGGUUGCAUUGCGUUGUCGACCCUUAGUGCCCAAGGAAAUUGAUGAAGGCUGUCUAUCCUGCCUUACAUUUGUGCCAGGAGAGCCACAGGUGAUUGUUGGCAAUAAUAAACCUUUUACUUAUGACUAUGUAUAUGAUCCCAUGACUGAACAGGAGGAAGUGUUUAACACUUCAGUUGUACCACUACUGACUGGCCUGUUCAAAGGUUAUAAUGCAACAGUGCUGGCAUAUGGACAGACUGGGUCAGGAAAAACCUUUUCUAUGGGAGGUACAUACACUUCAGCCCAAGAAAAUGAACCUUCUGUAGGAGUUAUCCCCAGAGUGAUCAACAGGCUAUUCCAAGAAAAGUCAAAGAGGCAAGACUGUGAGACCACAUUCAGUGUUUCCUAUCUAGAGAUUUAUAAUGAAGAAAUUUUAGAUCUGUUAUGUACUGCCAAGGAAAAGCCAAGCAUUAAUAUUCGGGAGGAUCCUAAGGAAGGCAUAAAGAUUGUUGGGUUGACAGAAAAAGAUGUGUGUAGUGCUCCUGAAAUGGUGGGUUGCUUGGAACAGGGAAAUGCUGCUCGCACAGUUGCAUCUACUGCUAUGAAUUCUGCGUCUUCACGCUCCCAUGCAAUAUUUACUAUUACUAUUGAACUGAGAAAGGGACAGGACAAAAGUAUUAUAUGCCGCUCCAAGCUGCACUUAGUGGAUCUGGCUGGUUCUGAGAGACAAAAAAAAACAAAAGCUGAAGGGGAUCGUUUAAAAGAAGGAAUUAAUAUCAACCGUGGUUUGCUGUCAUUGGGGAAUGUGAUCAGUGCUCUUGGUGAUGAAAGUAAAAAAGGAAGUUUUGUGCCUUACAGAGAUUCUAAACUAACUCGUCUAUUACAAGAUUCACUGGGUGGUAAUAGCCACACCUUAAUGAUUGCAUGUGUGAGUCCUGCAGAUUCAAAUAUGGAGGAGACCAUUAACACCAUGCGUUACGCAGAUCGAGCAAGAAAAAUAAAAAAUAAGCCAGUUGUUAAUGUUGAUCCUCGGGCUGCAGAAAUGCAGCGUCUAAAGCAGCAGGUUCAGGAGUUGCAGGUAUUGUUGCUUCAUGCUCGGGGAGGUGUUCCAGCAGUAUUGAGCAGUUCAGAGCCUGCAGGAAAUGUGACUGAUAUACUUGAAAAGAAUCGCUGUUUGCAGGAUGAGAAUAUUAAACUUAGUCGGGAACUAAGUGAAGCUAUUGGACAGACAGCGCAGAUGUUUGAAAAAAUAAUUAUUACUGAACAGGUCAAUGAAAAGUUACAGACUAAACUGGCAGAGCUUCGUCAGCAUGCUGCCUGCAAGAUUGAUCUCCAGCGAAUUGUGUCAACUUUGCAAGAUCAAGAAUUGAAAGAGAAUGUAGAGGUGAUCCGUAACCUACAGAAAGUUAUUAUGCAACUUCAGGAUGAAGGUGCUGGAAUAGCUGCUACAAUUGAGGCUAUAACAUAUGCGGACUGCAACCCAGUAGAGAGUGUCGAAGAGCACAAGAUUUCUCAAGAUUGUGGUGACAGUCCAAAAAAUCUUUCAUCAGCAGCUCUGAAUUCCUCUGAGACAGAUAAACGUUCAUCAGAUGCCUUUACUACCCAGCAUGCCUUGAGACAAGCAAUGAUGUCAAAAGAACUGAUAGAACUAAACAGAGCUUUAGCCCUGAAGGAGACCCUAGCCAAGAAAAUGAGUCAAAAUGACAGACAUUUGGAACCUAUACAGUCUGAUUACCAGGAAAAUGUAAAACACCUGCAAGAAGAAGUUGGUGCUCUUCAGAAAGAAAAAGAAGAUUUAAUACUUGCCCUUCACUCUGCUAAGAAAGACACUAACCAGGCAAAGUUAAGUGAACAGAGACGUAAGAGGCUUCAGGAGUUAGAAAAUCAAAUGAAUGAGCUAAAGAAGAAACUUUUGGAUCAGUCCAAACUACUGAAGCUGAGGGAGACUUCGCUGCAGAAUGUGACCAAACUGAAUCAAGAAAUACAGUUGAUGAAAACUCAGCGAGUCCAGCUGAUGAAGCAAAUGAAAGAAGAUGCUGAAAAGUUCCGCUUGUGGAAGCAGAAAAAAGAUAAAGAAGUAUUACAGCUAAAAGAAAAAGAUCGAAAGAGGCAGUAUGAGAUGCUGAAGCUAGAAAGAGAUUUUCAGAAACAAGCCAAUGUUCUAAGAAGAAAGACUGAAGAGGCUGCAGCUGCAAACAAACGACUAAAAGAUGCUUUGCAGAAAAGAAGUGAGGCUGCAGAGAAAAGGAAAGAUGGUCAAAACCGAGGAUUUGAAGGAGCAGCUGCUAGAGUAAAGAAUUGGUUACUGAAUGAGGUUGAAGUGUUGGUAAGUACAGAAGAGGCUCGGCGUCAUCUUAAUGACCUGUUAGAAGACAGGAAAAUUCUUGCUGAAGAAAAGUCACAACUCAAACAACAGAUGAAUUCGGGAGAAAGAUUGCCACCAAAAAUAAGGAGACGCACAUUUACUGUUGCUGAGUUAGAGGGAAAAGGACAACUGGAGGCUUCUAUUGGAAAACAAAUAGAACACUUGGAAACUGAAAUGGAGCUCAGGAGUGCUCAGAUUGCUGACUUGCAACAGAAACUGAUGGAUGCAGAUAAUGAAGAACGAGUUAAACAGCGGUGGGAUAAUAUAACCACCAUAGUAGAAGCAAAGUGUGCUCUCAAGUACUUGAUGUCAGAGCUUGUAUCUGCCAAGGUUAAAACUACAAAGUUGGAAAAUAGUUUAACACAGGAGAAGAACAACUACUCAGACAUGCAAAGGAUGUUAUUUGAAGAGCGAACAAUAAUGGCUGAAAUGGAAACUCAGCACCAGGCUCAGUUAGUAGAACUGGAACAAAGACAUCAAGAAAAGGUAUUGUAUCUUCUGAGUCAGCUUCAAAACAAACCUAAAGAGGAAGAAAAUCCAAACGACACUGUAUCUGAGCGAGAAAAAGAGCUUUUGGAGCGUUUAAAAUUCCAGGAGCAAGAGAUUGAGAAAAUGAAGGAUCUAAGUGAACAAAAUCAGAAGUUGACAGAAGAGAACGAUGUCUACAAGCAGAAACUGGCUUUGCUACAAAUUGCUAGUCAAAAGAAAAUGACUAACAUUCUAUCUAAAACAAAAGACUCUCCAGAUUCCUCAUUUGAGUAUCUUCCUCCUAAGCCUCGUGCUCGUAGACGCUUCACUGCUAAGGUACCUACAUAUCUGGAUGAGAACUUGAAAAUGGAAGAUUUGGAGUCUGCAUCCGAGGAGGAAGAGGGUGAUGUGGAUGAGUGGAUUCCAGGGAAAUCUUCCAAGAGUAAGAAGACUACUGUUUCUGGUUGUUCAUGUAAAGGACAUUGUGGGAACAAACUCUGCCGUUGCCGUAAAAGAAAAUCCAGCUGCAGUGAGACCUGCCACUGUGAUCCUGCAAAAUGUAGAAAUGCUGAAAUUCUUCAAACCAAUAUAUUGAAGGAGCUGUCACCUAAUGAACAGUCAAAGGAUGCAGAGGGUUCGUUUAAACUGGACAAUUUAAUAAGUGACAGUCAUGAUGAUUCUACCUACUUUAAGACUCCUGAUUUUCUUCCAACUAAAAAGGUUCUCAAGGAGUUAAGUGAUAUUGGACAGAUUGCUCCUAGCAUUAAACUUGAAAGAAAGCCCUCUAUAGUUGAAAAUGAAGUGUUUGAAACCAGCACAGCAAGUAUUUUAAAGAAAAAGAAACGCACUCUCAACAGCAACAACAGUUUCUUUUCUGGAUGCACUCCAAUCUGUGAAUAAUUGUCUUACUGAUUUUUAUGUUUGUCUGUUUCUUGUUGUACAAAAAAUGGUGGUCUUUUUUACUGUGACCUGUAAAAUGUUUUGUUUUUUUUUUCUGUUGUCUUUGUUUUAGAUACACUAUGAAAUAAAUAAUAAAAUCUUUUAGAUUAUUUUAGCAUGGCUUUCUUCUACAUCUCCUUUGAGUCAAAGAAUUUAUUUGUGAUGCUACAGUGUCUUCAGUCAAAAUCUGCUUAAAUACCUUUAGCUUUGAAACUUCUUGAAGCAUGGGACACCCAAGUUUUACAAGGUAAACUGCUGAUAGAGAAAUGGAAUAACUUGAUGUAGAAAUUCAUACGUUGCAGUAUUGACAAAGUUUGUAAAUAAUAGUUGUGUGUAAAGUAUCAUGCUUUCCUUUCUUUGUCUCAUUGAUUUCAACCUUGUACUGUUAAAGAAUUUGUGUUGUACAUAUUACCUGAACAGCCAAUAAUGAAUUAAAUGGAAACUUGUCUGUUU